CAAACCAAAGACAAAAAGAGAAUCCCCAUUCCACCACCAGUGUUUGACACAAAACAGAGGAUAACUAUUCACUGGAAUUGGAAUGGCGAGGUUACAGGUUUUGUUAAUGGCUCUAUUCAUCUCUGCAAUUGCACUUGAUCAAAGUUUUGUCAAUGCCAAGUUUUCCAAGAGUAUGUAUUUCACUCCGGGCGCCAACAGUCAGUCUGCAAUCCUAGGAAAUGGCGAUGAUCUUCAACUUGUGUUGGAUAACACAGCCGGCAGUCGUGUUCAAUCAAAGAAAGCUUUCUUAUUUGGAAGCAUUGAAAUGCUCAUGAAGUUGGUACCAGGGAACUCUGCUGGAACUGUCACAGCCUACUACGUAUCCUCUAGUGGGAGCAACCAUGACGAAAUAGACUAUGAGUUCUUAGGGAAUGUUUCGGGACAACCUUACAUUAUCCACACUAACAUCUACACACAAGGAAAUGGAAGCAAGGAGCAGCAAUUCUACCCUUGGUUUGACCCAACUGCUGAUUUCCACAACUACACCAUACAUUGGAACCCCACUGAAGUUGUGUGGUAUGUCGAUAGUAUACCAAUACGCGUUUUCAGAAACUAUGAGAAUGAGGGGAUUGCGUACCCCAGCAAGCAAGGGAUGAAAGUUUACUCCAGCAUAUGGAAUGCGGAUAACUGGGCAACAAGAGGGGGGCUGGAGAAGAUCAACUGGACCUGUUCACCCUUCACAGCAAGAUUAAGCCAAUUUAGGCCAAGGGCUUGCAAAUGGAAAGGACCUAUCAGCAUUAGUCAAUGUGCUUCUGAAACCAAUCCCGCUAACUGGUGGACUUCGCCCAUAUACAAACAGUUGGGUUAUGCUAAGUCGGGUCAGUUACAGUGGGUCCAAGAUAACUACAUGAUCUACAACUACUGCACAGAUUAUAAAAGGUUCAAUGGACAGAUGGCUCCUGAAUGUUCGAAACCACAAUUCUAACAUGAGGCCCAGCAAUCAAGAUAUAAACUUUAAUGUUCGUCUGUUUUUCAUUUGUAUUGCUUUUAUUCUUGUUCAUUGAGUUUGAAUCAAAACGCUCCCCGUUAUUGCUUUUCAAUUAUUUUUAUCAAAUGUAUUCCUUGUACCGGGUUAUCAUUGUCUAAGCUAAUUUUGAACUAUCGAAUACAGUAAAUAAUGCAAUAUUCUUCUCUUUUUUCGGGACAA